CCCAGCGAACUCGUGGCGGCUCGUGGCCACCACAAACAGAUAGCGCCUUCUCUUUCAGGCUUCAGCGGACGCCGCGCCAGCUAGCCUCCGCGAUGGCGUCCUCCCUCGCCGCCUUCCACUCCGCCGGCCACCUCCCCCGCCCUCGCCGCCAGCAGAUCCCCACCCACACACGCACCUCCCUUCUGCUCCGCCUCCUCCAGCUGCCGCCACCGGCGCCACCCCGCCGCCGCUCCGACAGGAUCGCCGCCGAGUUCGCGACAGGGGGUUCCGACACCAUCACCGGCAAGGGCGGCGGCGGCGGGUGCGGCAGGGCGAGGGGAGACGGGGGUGUCGACGUCGCCGCGGUCGCCGCGCUGCUGCGCGACUCUAGGACGGCUGGCGACGUGGAGUGCUUGGUGAAGGGUUUCUUGGACGGCGGCGGCGGCGACGGCCACCUGCCCCUCCAGGUGUACACCACCGUGAUUCGGCGGCUCGGCAAGGAGAAGCGCCUGGACGCCGCGUUCGCUGUCGUCGAGCAUCUCAAGAGGAGAGGGGGCGGCGGCGUCAACCAGUUCGUGUACAAUUGCUUGCUGGGCGCCGUCAAGAACUGCGGCGAGUUCGGGCGGAUUCAGGGCGUUCUUGCCGAUAUGGAAGCGCAGGGGGUUUCCCCAAACAUUGUCACAUUCAACACCUUGAUGUCCAUCUACGUUCAGCAAGGCAAGGUCGACGAUGUCUUCAGGGUGUAUGCCGACAUUGAGGGCCAUGGGCUGGUGCCGACUGCCGCGACAUACUCGACGGUGAUGUCGGCGCACAAGAAGGCCGGCGACGCCUUUGCGGCCCUCAACUAUUUUGUCAUGCUCAGGAAUAGGUACAAGUAUGGUGAGUUGAUUGGGAACAGUGACGAUUGGAACCACGAAUUUGUGAAAUUUGAGAAGCUUACUGUUCGAGUGUGUUACACGUCGAUGCGGCAGUCUCUUGUCAAUGGGCAGAAUCCAGUCGGUGAGGUGUUGAAGGUUCUCCUAGCCUUGGACAAAGCUGGGGUGAGGCUGGACAAGAGACAUUACGAGGGGCUAGUGUGGGCGUGCACAGGGGAGGAGCAUUACACCAUUGCUAAGGAGCUGUACCAGAGGAUCCGCGAGCGUGACGAGGAGAUCAGCUUGUCAGUGUGCAACCAUCUGAUAUGGCUGAUGGGUAAGGCUAAGAAGUGGUGGGCAGCUCUUGAGAUUUACGAGGAUUUGUUAAACAAAGGUCCGAAGCCAAACAAUUUGUCAUAUGAGAUGAUCAUGUCACAUUUCAAUAUUCUACUCAGUGCUGCGAAGAGAAGGGGCAUUUGGAGGUGGGGUGUUAGGCUGCUUAACAAGAUGCAAGAGAAGGGCUUGAAACCUGGAAGUAAAGAGUGGAAUGCUGUCCUCCUCGCUUGUUCGAGAGCUUCUGAAACAUCUGCUGCAGUGGAUAUAUUCAAGAAAAUGAUAGAUGAAGGGUUGAAACCAGAUGUAGUUUCCUAUGGAGCAUUGCUGAGUGCACUUGAGAAAGGGAAACUAUAUGAUGAGGCCCUGAGAGUCUGGGAGCACAUGUGCAAAGUAGGCAUUAAGCCAAACCUGUAUGCAUAUACAAUCCUGGUGUCGAUUUACAUUGGUACGGGCAACCAUGCUAUGGUAGAAGCUGUUCUUCAUGAUAUGCUGUCUGCAAAGAUAGAGCCGACUGUUGUAACCUUCAAUGCAAUAAUUAGUGCGUGUGUGAGGAACAACAGGGGUGGCACUGCUUUUGAGUGGUUUCACAGGAUGAAAAUGCGGAGCAUUGAGCCAAAUGAAAUUACGUAUCAGAUGUUAAUUGAAGCUCUUGUACAAGAUGAUAAACCAAGACUUGCCUACGAGAUGUAUAUGAGGGCUUGCAACAAAGGGCUUGAGCUUCCAGCAAAAUCAUAUGACACUGUAAUGGAGGCAUGCAAAGCUUACGGUUCCUUCAUAGAUGUAACUACUUUGGGUCCUCGCCCUGCGAAAAAGGUGGAAACAAUCAGGAUAGAGAAUAACUUUUCAAGUUUUUCUCGAAUCAAUGAUAUGCCUAGCAGCACUCAUCAGUUUGGAGGCACUGGAAUGUACAAUUUUUACAGAUACAGAAUGGCAAGGUAGAUCGUGAAUGUAGAAUACUACACUCCCUUGUAUAGUUGUGUCUCCACUCUCCAAACCCAAUUCAACAUAAAAAACAGUCCAAGACAUGUUUGUAAGUUUUCUAACUUACAAAAUUUAGUGCAAUAGCCAUUUCAUUAGAUGUCUUGUUAGGCUUGAUCUUUUUAAUUUAAGUUUAAGCAGUGCCUUUGCUUCUC